CAUUAACAAAAGUUAAUCAUCAAUAUCGGGCGGUUUCGAAAUUGAAAACUCAACUCUCAAUAGAUAGAUAUAUGCCUUUCGCCUGUUUUGCCAAAACACAAAGUAGAUGCCCUGCCAUUAACGGUUUCUCCCCAUUCCGGUAAGAGAGAGUAGGCAUUCUAGACCAAUUCUUCCUUUUCAGCUUUCAUCCUUCCUCUCGCCUUCCUUCUCCUUUUAGGGGAUUCUCCUCUUCCAUUAUUCACAUUCCCUUCCUCCUCUACUUUAUUAAUCUCCCUCUUCUUCCUUUCCAUCAUUCGCUCUUCAUUCUAGAGCGUACUCAAAUGGAAUUUGAAAACAUGGUUGCCUUGGUUUCACGCACCGGCCGGCAUUUGCAGCGCUACGACAAUGGUCGCCGCCAAGUCGUCGGAUGCAUACCUUACAGGUACAAGGAUAGAAUCAACGCAUUGCCUUCUUUUGAUGAGGAUGCAUAUGAGGUUCUUGUCAUUAGUCCACAGAGAAAAGGCAAAGGGAUGUUGUUUCCCAAGGGCGGCUGGGAAGUAGAUGAAACAAUUGAAGCUGCAGCACUUCGAGAGACGAUUGAGGAAGCUGGCGUGGUAGGAGAUAUUGAGUGUAAACUUGGAACGUGGAACUUCGGAAGCAUGAGAAGUGGCAAUGCUUGUGAAGGGCACAUGUUCCCAUUGCUGGUAAAUGAGGAGCUAGAUUGUUGGCCCGAGAUGAAUAUUCGUCAAAGACACUGGAUAAGUAUCCGCGAAGCAAGGGAGGUUUGUGUGAAGGGAUGGAUGAUGGAAGCAUUGGAAUUGCUAGCGAGCCGACUGACAAGGCAAAACAGACAAAGCAAAGUGGGGAUGUUUCCAGGGUCUGAGUGUGGUAGCCAAGGGAUACUUAUGCCGUUGAGGUGUGGAAGACAGAUGCUACCUCUGCCACCAUCUAAUUCGGCAGAGGAAGCAUAGUCAUCAGAGAAGGGUAGCUAGCUAGCUAGCAAUUGGUGUUUAAGCUAGGAAGGUUAUGAAGCUGUUAGGGGUGGUAAGUGAAGGAGCGGCAUUGCAGCAACCAGCUCAGGAGGAGGAAGUCUUCUGUAGUUGAGGGUGGUAGGGAUGAAGAGUCAGUCUAUCUAAUCUAAUUGGUUUCUUUUUAUUCAUUCUCUGUUUUUAGAACUGAGCUGGUGGUUGCAAAUCCAACAGUUUUUUCUUCUUCUUGAAUUGGGAACCUUUUCCGUUUCGUUAGAAGAAUUGCAAUUAUGGUCAUCAUUUAUGAGCUAACUGAUCUUCUUCAUAGUCAUGACGGAUUUCAGACUUGUACUAAUGUGGGCCAGGGUUAAGAAUGAAUUGAGGC